AUUUUCCACUAUUUUCUCCUUUUUGUGCAGGUGAUUUAAUAUCCAGUGAGACUCAUCACAGUCAGUGUCGCCUUGGAAGUAUUGAAGAAGGGUCCUUUCAGCUGAGAGGAGGAUUCCAUCUGCUUUGAAUGGUACACUUCCUGUAGCUUGGUGUAUUACGUCACUCACAGCCCCGGACUAGUAACGUGGAAGUUCCUGCUGCAUCAUAAAAACACAAUUGAGGUGACGUCAUACUGAGGAUCAUAUUGUUAGCCACCGCAAGGCCCUUGAUCUGCAUCCUCAUUGGGACUGUCGCUCCAUAACACGACUGUCCAUCAUACGUCAGAGUGACAGCUAACCACUCGAUUGUCUGCAAGGUACGUGCUCCCGCUGGGACGUCACAUGACCUGAGUCAGUUCUGCGCAUCCAUCGUGGACGUUACAUCCUUGAUUGAUGAUUCGUUGGCUAACGCAGGCCGAGAAUUACGCACACCUUGCUGAUCACAUGACCAAUUACCUCACCGCUUAUUACUUAAUAGGAUCUCAAUCUGAGUGGUAGGUCCCAAAGGUGCGUGCAGGUAUCCGCUUGCCUAUAUUUGAACUUAGCGUCCUGUUCAUCUUCCUGUCACCCGGUCACGGACCGUGUCCUCCUCAGAAAACAUUGAUAGCGUUUCAUCCCUCAAGCUUAUUGCUUUAGGACAACCCUUGUAGGGGCUGUAAAUCAUUUGAGCUCUUGAGAGCGAGAAGAUCAAAACAAAUUGUUGUACUACAACCAUUGAGAGCAUUGUGCAUUCAUUUAGUAUCUUCAGUAACUGAACCUACGUAACCUUCUCAACUUACAGGCAGCACUGUCUUUGCCAAAACCCUGUCCAUGUGAUUGCUGUCUUUACAUUCCUGGCAAUCAUUCGACUGUCCAGAGGCCCUGGUUGUUAAUGACACUCGCAGACUCCACCCUAAAGAAUGAUUUCAACUCUCCUUCUCCAUCUAGUCUUGGACUAACAGAUGUUUUUAUUGUGUACCCAUCCCUGCGCGUGUACAAACUGGGAACAUGUGCGGCAGCUCUGAGUAGCUGGUGAACUCAUCAUAGUCAUUUCGCAUGGAUAGUACGCACAACGUGCCAGCAUUGCAGAUGCUAUUUGGAAUGACUUCUUGAAGCGCAGAGUAAGAUACACUGAGGCAGUAUUGUAUCAUUUUUUCCCUUCCAUCAUCAGAUAUACAUUUUAUAGUUCAAGAGACACUUGGGAAAUAUAACCAUGGAUUAUUCAGAGGAAAAGUCGUUUAACAAUAAUAGUAAUAUUAUGGAUGGUGUACAUGUCGGAAAUGGAAAUGGCCAUUCGAAUCACGUGCACACUAUUAACUCCAGCAACAAUGCCAGUCCUGGUAUUCGAACGAUUAACACCAUUUCGCCAGGGGACCUUGAUGUUAUUGAUGUGGUGCAUCAGAAACCAUCCUCCAAUGGAUACACUUCGGUCAAAACUCACGGCGGCGUGUACGACGACGAAAGUGUCGACGAUCUCUCAGAAGUCGGAGAAACGUGCGGAUGGGGAAAGAUGCAUCCUAGGUCGUUACAGUCAUGCGCCAAGAUCCCCUGGUUUCUUGUUUUUCUCUGUAUAUUCGCCAUUACGCAAGGUAUCACCGUUAACGGACUGGUCUACGUUAUCACAACGACGCUAGAAAGGCGUUUUAAACUUCCAUCCGUGCAGAGUGGCUUCAUCUCCAGCUCAUACGACUUCUCAGUUAUGGUUGUCAUCGUCUUUGUUACAUAUUUUGGAGAGCAGCGCCACAAGCCGAGAAUCCUCGCCUUUGGAGCUUUCGUCUUUGCCAUCGGCUCUUUUGUAUUCAUGCUUCCGCAAUUUACGACGCCAAACUAUGAAUUCAGAUCGUCGGACUAUGAGUAUUGUGACGCGGGUCGUAACGGGACGGAUCCUUGCGAUUCUAUGGAGGAGACCAGUGGGCUUUCAUUAUAUUUUUGGGUGUUUGUAGGGGCACAGUUCCUCCAUGGUUUGGGGGCAGCACCCCUCUACACUCUAGGAAUUACAUACAUUGAUGAGAACGUGAAACCCAAGAUGACAUCUCUCUAUAUAGGAAUCUUCAAUGGGGCGUCUCUACUUGGCCCAGCCUUCGGCUAUGUGCUCGGAGGGAUGUUUCUUAGCAUCUAUACAGACCUUGGCGUUGACCACGAAAGCCUUGGUCUCGAUCCGGAGAGCCCCCUCUUUGUUGGAGCUUGGUGGAUGGGCUUCAUUCUCACCGCUUUCCUGGCUCUCAGUAUCAUCAUUCCAUUUCUUGCAUUCCCAAAAUCUCUUCCAGGUCAGCACCGACUGGCCAAACAGAGGGUCAACGAGGCCCACAAUGGUGCUGAGUUCUCUACCAGAGAGGGCUUCGGCAACAGCCUGAGGGACUUCCCCAAAGCCACUCUUGCCCUGGUGAAGAAUGUUCCUUUUAUGUGCAUCUGUGGUGCUGCCACCACGGAAUGGUUUCUUCUGGCUGGCUUUGCAGUGUUCGCACCUAAGUUCCUAGAAUCACAGUUCAACCUUUCAUCAAGCUGGGCGGCUCUGUUAGUAGGUUUCACUGUGAUCCCAGCAGCCGUAGGUGGCUCCAUCAUCGGUGGCUACGUCGUCAAGAGGUUCGACCUCAAAGUCCAAGGGAUGAUCAAGUGGUGUCUGGCCGUUCUCACCAUCUCCUUUUUCUUCCUUGGAGCAUUCAUCAUCAGCUGUCCAAACCCUAACAUAGCUGGAGUCACCGUCGAGUAUGGAGAAAUAGAUGUUGAUGUGACGUCAAGAGAAACGGAGCUAGAACACACCUGCAAUGGAGACUGCUUCUGCGACAGUAUGUUCCAACCGGUGUGUGGCGUAGACAACAUCAUCUACUACUCUGCCUGCCAUGCUGGGUGUGUGGAUAGCUGGGAAGAGGAGGGCUAUGGCAACUGCAGCUGCAUCGCUGCUCCCGAUAACUUCACCUCUGACCUGCCGAUGGCCACGCUGGGAAAAUGUGAAUCGUCUUGCGGCUGGACCAAUCUCUUCCUUGGACUCCUCUUCUGCAUCGAGUUCUUCACCAUCCUAGCGGUUGUACCUAGCACCACAGCCACGUUAAGAUGUGUUCCUCAUUCACAGAGAUCCUUUGCACUUGGAUUGCAGUCCUUACUCUACAGAGCAUUAGGCACUGUUCCUGGUCCUGUAGUCUUUGGAGCGAUCAUCGACAAGGCCUGCCUACUCUGGGAGAACUCAUGCGAUGGCAAGGGGACCUGCUGGCUCUACAACAAUGCCACGUUCAGCAGGUCUAUGCUCAUCCUGGCUGCCUGCAUCAAGGUCGGUUCUCUCAUCUUCUUCAUGGGGGCGCUCUUCACCUACAAACCGCCUCCGCCCCCUCCGGUAGGAUCGCCGAGGGUCGCUGCCAGGCACGCCGAAGGGAUGAAGAAGAAAAAUGGUGCUAUCCCAAACGGGAUCCAUCAACAGAUACUGCUUCAGUCGAGCAUGGACGAUUUACAUCAAUCAAGACAGACGACUGUAUAAGAUGUUUUUAAAUUCACAAGUCCAUACUAAAUAGGGAGUACUGUCAUUUAUACAAAUUUAGAAUUUGAAAUUUAAGCUUGAUUAUUUCUACUUGACAAAGUGACGGAGCUAUUUUUAAAACUUGAAUCAAGAAAAAAAAAAAGGAACAUGCUGCCAUUUUUAUUAUUACAGGUUAA